ACCUGUGCAUCGAACACGAUGAAAUUCCUCGUGAUCCUAACCGUGGUGGCGGUGGCUGCCAGUCAGUACUACGGAAGCAGCGGCGGUGGUCAUGUCUCCUUCGCUCCCGUUGUGACCGGACCCGUGCCUCACGUGGGGCAACAGCAUCCUAUCGGUGGCAAUUCUGUGGUGCACUACAGCCAGGGCGGAAGCGACUACCACUUCUCCUGGCGCCACGACGGAGGCCGGAAGUACCAGUGGCAACACGCCAUCCAGUACUGCUCUUCCCUCGGCCACGGCUGGAACGGCAUCAGCAUCGAGACCCACGAGGAGGACGGGUUCGUCAGGAGCAUCAUCCUAGGAGACGGACUGAAAUACAUCUGGACGGGAGGUUAUCGCAGCGGUUACGACUUCGCUUGGCCCUCCAGAGCUCGGUUCGUCGGCCUGAACUGGUCUCACACCGGAGCCACCGGCCACCCACAACCAGACAACAACGAGAACGGGAGCGAGAACUGCCUGGCUGUCCUCAACAACUUCUACGGCGACGGCGUCAAGUGGCACGAUGUCGGCUGCCACCACGAGAAGCCCAUCAUCUGCGAACGCCAAGGACGCGUCUACGGGUAAAGGAACAGGAUUGAACACUUUCCUCUUUCGUUCGCGUCUAUAGGUGAACGAAGGGGAUCGAACACUUCUCUCUCGUUCUUUAACACUUCAUUUUUCUUAAGAUUUAGAUGAGAUUCAUCACUGUGAAUAGAUGACAAAAUGGCAGAUGAAGAGACCGGGAUAUGCACGUGUAAUUAGAAAGAGAAAAUAAAAUCACAUAUCACCA